GUUGAUAGGACUUAUCAUGUUUAGAAAUCACAUUAGGCUUGAGAGAUUCAAUUGCAGCUGAUGUCCCGUUCGCAACAAUGAUCUACGUUUCACUGCUACUAGUGCUGAUUUUCUUGGUAACUUGGGGCAAAAGCUGUCCAGUUAUCAAGCCCAGUCAGAACGUCUUCCAUAGGUCUUGCCUAGACUACCUGAACACCGGUGCGACCGAAUCUGGAGUGUACAGAAUCUAUAAUGACGCUGGCAACAGCUUUCCUGUCUACUGUGAUAUGAAGACCGAGCCAGGAAAUGCAUGGACUCUUGUCGAGUCUUGGAACCACAAGGAUCGCGUAUUAAGUCAGUUCAGGUCCUCUGUUUUYAGCACAAACGCUCCCGUCAAUGAGAACGCACCAAACUUCAACCUGUACCGCCAGACGUUGUCUCGUAUGCAGUCCAUCAAGAGUCACUCUACACACUGGAGAGCCACGUGUAGUUACCCUACACACGGUGUAGACUACAGGGACUACGUCAGGGGAAACUUCAGUGACUUCGACAUCAUGACCUUUCUUGGUAAUGGAGUGUGCAAGAAAGUGGAGUACAUCAACAUCCGUGGACAUAUCGGCAUCCACACGACUGCUCUCUGGUGGCAAGUACUGAACACAUACAGCUUGACCACUGACAGCAGUUCUAGUGGCUGUGGAUUCGUACCAGCUGCAGGAUCAGUUUCAAGCGAAGAUAACUUUGGUUAUUACGGUGUCACCAAUCCCAACUUCCGCUGUACCGCUAACGACAACGCGACAACCCAGUGGUGGUUCGGUGGUCAUCUUUGAACAAGAACGACUUCAUGAUCGGCAAUGUCCAGAACUCGGAACGUGACAUAAAUAUCAAUCCUAGGACUGAUCUAGUUGGUUUAGUAUCUUAGUUGUUGGUAGAUCAGAGAUGAUGUAAAUGGUUAGAGAAAGUACAAUAAAACUAAUUGCGCAAAAGAUA